AGCUGCGGCGCUAAUGCGCCGUUGCUGUCGCUGUCAUUACGCUGGCUCUCAACUUAGCUCUGUUGCCCGACUGCAAGUGCGCUGCUGAGCAACCGAGCAGACUGCACGCGAGUCGGUAGGUCGCUGUUUGGUUGUGCGCUCGUUUGUCUCGCUUAGCUUUCGACUUUCCAGCGCUGGUUGCUGUGCGAAUGCCUGACGCUCCGCCAUUUAGUACUCAGUUGUUGUGCCCGUCAAGCGAACGUGUUCGGUUAGUCAAAGCGUGUGCGCUACACUGUAAUAGAUACAUAGGCCGUCGGAAAAUUCUAUGUUUGCCACAGUCAGCAACAACACCACCACCACUAGCAUCACAGCUAUUCACCAACAGCGCCACAACCACUAAAAUCAUUAACCCGAUAUAUGCGCGUGUAUGUGUGUGUGUGUGUAUGUUUUCAGUAAAAGCAAAUUGAAGUGAAGUAGCCAGCUUUAAGGCAUCAAAUUUGCUAGAAUCGCACGAAUAAGUGGUGAAAAUCAUCAAAAACCAGUUCGCAUAGACGUGAGUUUCGUGUGUGAAAGGUGAAGCCGAAAGUUUCAAGUAUCACAAAAACAAUACAGGCUGUACAAACGUGCGCGCUAAAACAUACGAAAAAAGUCACAACUCAGAACAGCAACGAAAAACUGUAUAUAAGUGAAUUGUAAACGGCAAAAACAUCAAAUCAAAUCAAAUCAAAAAUUCAAAGAGAAAUCACUUAUUCUAUUAAAAUCAGCAGGUUUCGUUGCCUGUCAACGCGCCCACAAAAGAAGUACGUAGCAACAACCCCAAAAUCAAACCAGCGGCUGGGGUGCGCCAGGUAUUAAGGGAUUAUACUCACAACGUGUAAUUCAUACUUUAAUGUAGUGAAAAGUAAAAAAAAAAAAUACAACAAACACUACCACACGCCCAUUAGUCAGCGUCGCAGUGUGCAACAAAAGCGAGCGCGUUGUGUAAAGUAGAGUUUUGAAAGUAUCAAUUUCAAACGAAUUUUUUUUGAAAGAAAUAAAAAUUCAAUAAGCAUAUAUAUUUGUGGAAAAUAUCCAAAUUUAUUUUGCAUUCGCUGCGGCAACCAUAUCAUCGCUUUUUCCGUCAGCUUCGUCACACAGUAACUCCGUCAUUCAUUGGUACGUCAAGUUGGAUAAUGAAUGCGCAAAAAAGAUGACGCCGCUGCAAUGAGGACGAUCCGUUAGCGGCAUUGACUAUGGGACCAGAGGCAUGGGCGUGUGUGCGGACCCUGGGUCUUACCGGUGGUGUCAGGCAUUAAGCCGGUCGCGAUCAUCGUUCGCCACAAACAACAACAACUACAAUAAUAACGAUUGUUACACGACAACAACACAAAAUUCGAACAAUAUCAACCAGCUGGCGAUUUCACAGCAAACUGUAACAACAAAAACAAUAACAAUUUCGAAAUCACUUGCAAACCGCAAAUCAACGAAAAUCCCAACAAUUGAUGAAAAUACAAAAAUCAACCAAAGCAGCAGAGAGCAGGCAUACAACAAGUGGGCGAGCAGCAGUUGCCGAAGCAACAACAACACUAAAAACAGCAACAGCAUAAAUCGAUUGCAGCAAACUCAUCAGUUUAUCAUAUUGCUGCUGGUUUUGCUGUUGCAAACCACACAUGCAAACAUACCAGAAGAUGCAGUACACAUCACAGCGAUACUCGGCGAAGGUGUCAUCUUCAACUGUCACGUCGAAUUUCCCAAUGAUCAUCCGGUGCCGUAUGUCCUACAGUGGGACAAGAAGGUGAGCGAAACGGGUUCCGAUUUACCCAUAUAUAUAUGGUAUGAAAGCUAUCCGGAGCACAUCGAAGAGGGCUACAAGGGACGUGUGUCACGCGUCUCACAGGACUCACCGUUCGGUUCGGCCUCACUCAAUUUGACCAACAUCAAGGAGUCGGAUCAAGGCUGGUAUGAGUGUAAAGUGGUAUUUUUAAAUCGUGAUCCCAAGCAGCAUAAGAACGGUACAUGGUUCCAUUUAGACGUACAUGCACCGCCACGUUUUAGUGUUACACCAGAGGAUAUUAUUUAUGUUAAUUUAGGCGACUCAAUUAUUCUAAAUUGUCAAGCGGAUGGCACCCCAACACCAGAGAUCUUAUGGUACAAAGAUGCUAAUCCCGUUGAUCCCUCGUCUACUGUUGGCAUCUUUAAUGAUGGCACCGAGUUACGGAUCUCCACCAUCCGACACGAGGACAUCGGAGAGUACACUUGCAUUGCACGCAAUGGUGAGGGACAAGUCUCCCAUACGGCCCGUGUUAUAAUAGCGGGCGGCGCUGUAAUCAUGCAGCCGGCAGCUGGUGGGAAGGGGAAAGUAGGCAAAUCGGGCACCAAAAAGGUCGCCAAAACCGGCAAAUACACUAAGAUCGGUAUUGCAGUGCCGCCCACUAAUCAAACCAAACUCGAGGGCGAAAAGGUGAUAUUCUCGUGCGAAGCGAAAGCAAUGCCCGGCAAUGUUACCGUUAGAUGGUUUCGAGAAGGCUCUCCCGUACGGGAGGUGGCCUCACUGGAGACACGCGUUACAAUACGUAAGGAUGGUUCCCUUAUUAUAAAUCCCGUUAGCGCUGACGAUUCUGGUACUUACUUGUGUGAGGUAACGAAUGGCAUUGGAGAUCCGCAAAGCGCUUCGGCUUAUUUAAAUGUAGAAUAUCCUGCCAAAGUGACCUUCACACCCACUGUACAGUAUCUACCCUUCCGUUUGGCCGGCGUCGUACAGUGCUACAUCAAAUCGAAUCCCACACUGCAGUAUGUCACCUGGACCAAAGACAAACGCCUACUCGAACCGUAUCAAAUGAAGGAUAUCGUCGUCAUGGCCAAUGGUUCAUUGCUCUUUACGCGCGUCAAUGAGGAUCAUCAAGGUCGCUACACCUGUACGCCAUACAAUGCACAAGGCACACAAGGCUCAUCCGGUCCCAUGGAGGUGCUCGUACGCAAACCGCCCACAUUCACCGUCGAACCGGAGUCGCUGUAUCAGCGCAAAGUGGGUGAUAGCGUCGAAAUGCAUUGCGAUGCCAUCGAAGCGGAGGGCACACAGCGGCCCACCAUCAAAUGGCAGCGUCAAGAUGGCGGCGAUUUGAGCGAAUCGCAGCGCAUUCGUGUCAAAGUGUCCGGUGGUAAUAUAACCAUCGAAAAUUUACGCGGUGAAGAUUUUGGCUACUAUCAGUGUGUCGUCUCAAAUGAGGUGGCCACACUGAUGUCGGUAACGCAGCUGGUCAUCGAGGGCACACAGCCGCAUGCACCGUACAACAUUACCGGCAAAGCGACCGAAUCAUCCAUCACGCUGCAAUGGAUGCCCGGCUAUAGCGGCGGUUCCGAGUACAAGCAGGACUAUACGAUUUGGUAUCGCGAAGCAGGCGCCGCCGAUUGGCAAACCAUUUCGGUCACACCAUCGGGCAGCACACAGGUCACCAUCAACGGCUUGGCUUCGGGCACUACGUAUGAGUUUCAGGUGGUCGGACGCAAUGUGCUCGGCGAUGGACUGAUGAGCAAGGUGAUGACGGUGCGCACUUUGGAAGACGCACCGGCAGCGCCACGUAAUGUCAAGGCUGCAACACAACCGCCAGAUCAUAUUUUCCAACUAAUGCCAGACGAAGCUGGUCCAAAACCCGGUCCACCGCGCAAUCUAACCGUCACGGAGGUCUCCAAUGGUUUUCUGAUCUCAUGGCAGGCGCCACUGGAACGUGCCCACAUCGUCAAAUUCUACACCAUCAAAUAUCGCACCGACGCCCAGUGGAAGACGCUGAAUCGUGGCCAAAUACGGCCCGAGGAGACACAGUAUUUAGUUAAGAAUUUAGUCGGCGGUCGUACAUAUUAUUUUCGCGUCUUAGCUAAUUCGGAAAAAUCCUACGAGUCCAGCGAUGAAGUGAAAUUUCCGGUGCCGGCACGUGUCAAGCAUAAAGCAAUAACAGCCGGUGUCGUUGGGGGCAUCCUGUUUUUUAUUGUUGCGAUCAUUUUAUCGGUUUGUGCCGUAAAAAUUUGCAAUAAACGUAAACGACGAAAACAGGAAAAAGAGUUCAAUAUGGUAGCUUGCCGGAUAACUGAUGCCCGUAAUAUAGCGGCGAAUAAUCAUCAUUUGCAACAUCAUCAGCAGCAGCAGCAACAACAGCAACAGCACACGCAAUUGCAUCAACAACACCAACACCACCAACUUCAACAUAAUUUGCACAGCCGCAGUACGGGCUCGCUUUCCGCUGGUCAAGUGCCUUUAAAAAAAUUUAAACAAGCCCGAAUAUCAAGUCUAACCACGAUACUAAUUGCUAUACUGCACUGGAUUUGGCCGCCGGACCGCUGCACCAACUGUCACUCCAUUUACAGUUCACCGCAUGCUGAGGAAGAAGGCGCACGCGAUCGUCACUCCGUUAGUCAAAUUCAACGAUCCGUCGACGGACGAUUUAUAAUCUCGACCGCUAAGGCCGGUAGCAAUGGCAAACUCAAUGCGCUCACAAGUGGUGCGGAAAUGGAGGGUGUCGACGAGGUGGAUACUGCCACAGUACGCCGCAAUAGCCACGCUUCGCAAAAAUCUUCCAGUGACGAUGGCGGGUUUUUGUCGCGUCGCAAUUUUAUUACUGCGCGUGCCUCCUGGCGUCGUCCUUUGGUGGCCUCACCUUCUCAACUGAGCUUACAGUCAGCCGUCGGUUCGGCGCGUGGCUUCCUACAGGGACUCGGUGGACUACUGCGUGUUGGUAGCAAUGCUGCUGUUGGUGGCAGUAGUAGUGGGCUCGCGGGCAUUUCGGGGGUUGGCGCAGUGUCUGGUCUUGGUGACGAUGUGGCAGGCAAUGCAGGCGCGCGUUAUCAAAACAUUUACCGCGGGCAGUAUGGGCAAAACAUCUACCGCAAUUUGCAACUGGCGCAACCAGCACAGCCCACCAGUCGUCCGCUGCAUAUAAAUACUUUAGGUAGCGGUUCCUAUCUUGGCGGUCAUCAGUACCACCAACAGCAUAUGCAUAGCCUACACUUAACACCCAAUUUAUAUACACCGUCGCGCAUAUCACGCAUCUUUUCCAGCUCACCAGCCAGCACGCCAAAUGACACCUUAGGCAGCGGUACCCAUCAGCAUAUUAGCGGUCUUGGUGGCACAAGUGGUGGCGGUGGUGGCGGCUUACUCACCUCACCGUGGUCACUGACGACACCUGGUAGCGGGCAUCUGCAUCCACAUUUCAGCGAUUUGAGCAGCGUAUAUCCCGGUUCGGCCGAACGUUCGUUACCUACGCCAUCAGCGAAUAGUGGCAAUCUCAGCCGUUAUCGCUAUUAUGCUCACGAACUGCCAUCGCUGCGCACCAUACAAGAGGAGACGCGACGCUACAACCAGCAGCAACAAGAAGAGAAACAACAGCAGCAGCUACAACCAUCAGAUAGCUUCCUACCAUUACAAAUACCCUCACCACCCUCAUGGCGGAAUUACUACCACUCGCAGCUACCAUAUAACAGUUACCGGCCGCGAACGCGCUGGUAUCCACGCCACUACGCCCGUCUAUUUGGACGUACACAAUCGGAGCUGAUGUCACCAUUGCCGCACCUGAAUCUAACGCUACGCUCUGCGCCUGUAGGUGCUAUGGGCUUGGAAGCUUCGCCAGAGUCGCGCUCCAGUUCGAGUGGAUUUGGCUCGAAAAACAACUCUAAUCAUCCACAAGGAUCUCAUCACUCGGGCAGCACCAGUGAAUGGCGAUUACUGCCACCGUAUCGACCACCUCCACCGCCACCAGCCAAUAAUAGCGCUUACUUCGGCAUAACAUCGCUAUCGGCACAACAGCAGGCACAAGGACAAGCGCCAGCAAGCCAUCAUCACCAGCAACUCCACCACCCGUCUUUAUUUGCAUCCAACUCACUUCCCUAUUAUGCGUCUUACAGCGGCGCAGCUGGCAGCAGCAUGCACCAGCAACAGCGGCAACAACAUAGACCUACAACGCCACCCUACACCAUGGAACACUGGCUUGGUAUGAUCUCAGACCUCGAUGCGGCGGCGGAUAAUGUCAAUCUACCAAAGUCGGUAGAUGUAGGCAGCGUCGAUGGACACUACGAAUUCGACCCGGCCACACCAACACCCAGCGCAUCUACACCCACUGGCGGCCUACUGCGGGAGGAUCUCAAUUUGCACGUGGACACCACCGGUCACCAUACGCUUGGCCCGCUCAGCAGUGGUAGCCUUUACCACAAUGGUGUUGGCGCGUCCACACUCACUUCGGGUGCCGCAACAUACGCCGGUCCAAUGCGGAAGACACGCUUCUCACGCUACGACAAUGUAGAAGCGCGCUUGCAGGCGAUGCGUGCGGAAUUCUAUGAGUACCGCAAGCGACAAGCGAUGCAGCAGGCAGGCGUGGCUGAACUGGAGAGUGUAUGCUGAAGUGAGCCUUUGAAAAUUGUGUGCGUAUGUGUGUAUAGUAUUGUAAGUAGCGCGUGUCUAGUUAGCAAUAAGUAGGGUUAGACUAAGUCGUCUAAAGUACCAUAUAAAAUCAAAUGUAAUUAAUUUCAAGCAAAACGAAAAAUGCAAACGAAUGUUUUAGUGCUGUCCAACAAAAGUUAGCUCAAGAAGUAAGAAAUUUUUAGCAACCAUGGGUAAAACCUGUGCUGAACUUAGCAUCUGGGUAUAAUCACAUAUUUCAUAUUCUUCGUUAUUUAGUAAUAAAUACACUACUGAUGACUAAUAACAAUACUCUCGGAUGUAUUUUUCAAAAUAUAACGGUUUUAGGUGGCAGUUCGCUUUUUAAAGUAUAUAUAUCUGCUUGUUUUCGAACACAUAUAUGUACAUGUAGAGAGAAAGCUGAAGUCGUCAAAUUAAAUGUGUACAGCGCGGUAAACUUAACACGAAGCUUUUCGCAAUGGCAAGCUGUGUAACAGCUGUAACAUUUGCACGUUUUCCCUAAAGAUUCUUUGAAAACGGCUUGAGCCUACUUUUUAUCCAUUUUGGAAAUUUCUAAAACCGUUAUGUGAGUAGCUUUCAUUGCAUUCUGUCUUCUCUCUCUCUACCAUCAAAUAAACUUGAACAUUUCCUGAACAUCGUGCACUAAUUAAGUACUUAGAGAACUGUUGUCGGUAAUUAAUUAAGCGCAUGCAAAGAUUUCAUUGAAUUACAAAACGCAAAUAACAUUAAGGCAGUUUUAUGCUAAAACUAAGCAAAGGAUUCUUGUAAAUAUUAAACAUUAAGUCUUAUUUGUAGCAAAGUGAAAACAAAAUAUAAAACAUUAAGGUGAACACGUAUUGUAAUGGUGAGAAACUGAGUAUCCAAAAAUAUAGCAAUUGUAAAGAUAUAUUACAGUAGUAAUUAAUUACUACAUUUAAUUACAUUUAAAGCAAUUAAAAACGACACUUUAAGUACGUUAAUUUAAGCAGAACAUUACUAACUUCAAUAAAGCGUAAAAUAAAAUAUAAAUAAAUAAUAAAACAUAGUUAUUAUUAGCAAAUGUAUUUAAAAUAAUAAUGAUUACUCAAAAUCAGUUAAAAACUUGAUAAAAUACUAAAUAAUUUAACCUGAUUAACUGAAGGAAAAAUAGUAAUUUAACCGAAGUAAAAGUAAUUGCAGCAAGUAAUCGUAUAGAAAUAAAUCUAUUGAAGCGCGAGCAUCGGAGCAAACAUAAAAGUAAAAUAGAGCAGUAAAUACAAAAAGCAACAAAAACCAACAACAAAUACUUUAAAAAUAAAAAUUAAGUGAGUUUCCCCGUACUAACAAACAAUGAAUGAAGAUUACUAAUUUAAAAACACACAAAUUUAAAAACUUAAACUUAAGUAGUUCAAUAUGUAUUGAGGAAAUUAUGAAAUAAACUACUGCGAAGUAAUGCAAAAACACAAACAAAAUGUAAACUAACAAAAACGAAAAGAAAAAAAAUUAAAUAAUAAAACCCUUGAAAACGAAAGUAAAAUACAUUUAUUAUGACUAGUUACUAUAUAAAGAAUUCAACUGAUAUAUAAAAACAAAACAACAAAAACAAGCUAAGCGAAUUAAACGUACGUACA